AUGUCAGAUCCGAUCCUGUUCGAAGACACCUUCAGCAUCACCUCAAUCAAUGCUCAGAAAUAUGACCGUGUCUCGCGCAUCAGUUGUACGUCUACGGACCAUCUGAUCACAUUCACACUGGAUGUGAACACGGAGAUCUAUCCAUGCGCCCCCGGAGAGUCGUUGUCACUGGCUCUGGCAUCGACGUUGUCCCUCGAUGGCAAAGAAGAAGCAACUGGCGAAAGAGCUGCGUGGAGAGACGUAGGGAUGGGAGAGAACACCCUCGCGAACGAUUACGACUAUGUCUGCUACGGGAAGGUCUAUCGAUUUGAGGAGAGCGGUACAGCGGGCAACAUGGCUGUCUUCGUUUCCUUUGGCGGUCUUUUGUUAUAUCUUGAUGGCCCUUACAACAAGCUCAGUCCGCUCAAAAUCGACUAUGUCUAUCUUCUUAUGAAGAAAUAG